UUUGCUUUUCCUGUCUUAUCUUUUUUUUGCUUAACCUUUCCUCAGUGUGUAUGAUUGUAUACCAAUAUAAUAUAAUUGAGGUACUACCUGUUAGUUAAUAAUCUUAAUUUUCUUCUGUACCCUCCAAUUUUUUCUAGGCUUUGCGACUGGCAUAGGUAGUGUUAGGCUGCCGUACCCCCAUUCAUAUUCAACAAAUUUAGUAGUAUAAUCACUGUAUUGAGUUGGUAUAGUUUAGUAGUAUUUCACAAAGACAAAUUAAUUUUUAAUAAUUGAAUAGUCAAAUAGGUCUGACCGAAUUGUACAUGUACAAAAUAUAAUGAUAGACGAAUGCCCUGACUAUUGGGUUGUACUCCAUCAUAUGUCGAUGCUUGGUAUUUAUUAACUAUUUUCAUCAUAUGGAUCUGGAUGCACAUUCCCAGUACUUCUGCAGAGUAGUAGAACAUAUCCGUCCUUCCAUACCAUGUUUAAAUCUCUGAUUGUGUCAGUCCUCUCUCAAAUCCUCACUUGCAUAUUUUUUACUUGUCUUCUUGUGUCUCUCUUCUUCCUAUGCAAUAUCAUAAAUUUAACUAUUAUUUAUGAAUUUUGUAUCUUCAAAUGUAACAGUGAUCCAUAAUACUAAAAAUCAUUGAAUAAUGUAGAUGAAAGUAUUUUAUUGUUCACUAAAAUUUCCAAGCACAUAGCAUACAUACACCAGUAUGCUAGUUUUUCUAGUAAAUUAAUUGGCUUAAGAGGUGCAUAUAAACUUGCAAGCAGAGAACAUAUAUGCACAUGUAUGCUAGAUUUGCUAGUAAAUUAAUUGGUUUCAGAGGUGCAUCUGAGACAUAGUACUACCAGACUGCCAGUGCAUCCCCAAUUGAUAAAGAAUACAAAGUCAGUGGUUAAAUGAUAUUACCUCACCAUUAGUAUCUUGGAUGGUUGACUCGCGAAUCAUCAUUUGAAUCACUGAUACAUCAUUUUCUUCCUCUUCAAACUAUGAGAUAGCAUACCAUAAUUUAGAACAUAAAAUAGAACACUUGGGUUUAUCUUGAAAACAAUAUAUUAUGUUGAAAGUAUACACUUUUCACCUCAUUGUUGAAUUUCUUUUAUUUGAUAACUCCUUUGAAUUUCUUGUUGCUAGGACUUUUGACAUGUGUACAGUUUUCUUUAGUCUUUAUCUGAUUCAUCUUCUACUGUGAUUACAGCUAAAUCUGUAGAUUGAAUGUUGGGUACUUCCUUUUCAUAUUGAUUUCAACAGAAUACCUCCUCAUUGUGUAGUUUGCUUUUUUGCUCCAACUUUUUUUUUGUUAUUUCAAAAAGCUUUUCUUUCAAAUCCUGUUUUUACAUUGUUUUUUGUCUCUCUUUGUGUGUUCUCUGAAAUAAUUUUUUGACUCCACCUGCAUGUUUAUUUCUUAUUUUUAUCCUCAAUAGAAGUUUCUUGUUAGAUGAUGUAGAGUUUUUCUUUUCAAGCACAAUUUUCUUCUCACCUCUAGUUGCAAUCUUGUAGGAACGAUUGCUCUAUAAAAAAAAUCAUUUUUACAUUAUUAGAAAAACAUGUUUUUAAUAUCAUUUAACAAUAGGUUGUAAAUAGUUAAUGCAUAUACAGGGAGAAAAUGUUUUGGGUGUAUUGCCUCACAUGAAGUUCUAUUUUUUUAACAGCUUAUUUGCUAUUUCUAGAUCAAUCUUUCUCACAUAUUAUUUUUAGAUAUUUUGCUUGACCGAGAAGUUUUUUGUUAGAUAAUGUAGAUUCUUUCUUUCCAAACGUAUUCUUCUUCUCACUUUCUCCUGCAUUCUUGGAGUGGCUCUUGCCCUGUUAAAAGGAAAUCUUGUUGGUGAUACUUUUAUGAAACUAUUCCGUACUUAUGAUAAUAAAACCGUUACUUAGUUGCAAUCCUCAUUAUCUCACUUUUGAAUAACAGAAUUUGAAGAAUCUUCUGUAACUUGGCUUUCCAGCAUGCGUCAUAAAGAACAUACUCUCACAUACUAUAAUGUGCACGAACAUACCUAUUCAACUAUUUUGUUUAAAUAUCUGUCUCAAGCCUCUCAUCAAGUUCAAAAGUGAAGCUCACUUUGAAAUUUUCCAUUCAUACUUACAGUUUCCUUGAAUUUAACUUUAGUUAGAAUGUAUAUUUUACCAUAAAGGCUUUGAAUUGAAUCCAUCUUUCUUUAGCAUGGUAUGCACAAGUGUUGCCUAAAAGUCUCUUCGUAGCCUCAUUAAACAUCAGAAUUAUUGUUGUUAUUGUAUCAUCGCUUACCUUGAGUUUAAGUAGGUACAUAAUGUGAUAGUGUCACUGCUUACUGGUGGUGCUACUAAAAAAUGGUACCAAAGAUGCUCAUCGUAGGACGGCAUUUUCUGCUACUUCAUGAUGUGAAUUUCAAAUAUAGUUAUGAUUUACCUUUCUUCUGGCAGAAAAGCAAAGUUUGCAUUCCAUGUACCACCAACCUUUUGUCUGUUAUAAUCUCAUAAGUUUUUGCUUUCCUUGUGCACACAAAUUCCUAAUCGAAGUCAAGAGAAAACAUAUCAGAAUAGAUAAAUUAACAAAUUAGAGAUGGUACGUAUAUUUCAUGAGCAAGGUUAUAGGCAAACCUUUGUUUUAAGAUCAACAUAUAACAGUUCUAUAAUUUAAUGCUUUUCCAUACUCCCUAACAUUGAAGGUCAUGAUUAUGUAGAUGGAGUACUUUUUAAUUUUUGCUUCAAUUUCUGGAGGUAUAAAACUUAAUAUACUACCUGUAAAUUAGUUGUGAGGAUAGUGUUGAUCACCUUGUGUAACAAUCUUUAAGAUCAUGAGUGUGAGGAUAGUGUUGAUCACCUUGUGUUACAAUCUUGAAGAUCAUGAGUGCCUCUAAUCUGUAGCAGCUAGAUUUGAAUGUUUUUUUAUGUGUAUGUGAGUAUGUUGAUUAAUAGGCGGGUAGUCAUUCUACUGAUCUUGUAUGUACUGCUAGGAAAGAUGAGUGAUUAGUUACUUAAUAAUUACCUUGUUGGAUUUCAUAUUUGAUCCACCUUGUGAGUUAGCAUGUCAAAACUCUUUAGAUGAGCAUUGCCUUGAGUAUCGAAGUACUGUUGAUCCAUUAUUCAAUGUUCAGUAACAAAUUCAUCAAUUUCAUAUACAAGAAUCAUGCAAAUUAUCCAAGUUUAUGAAGUUGAUACACACUGGAGGUAGUUUGAUCUCUUAUUUUGUGCACAUUGUACUUACUGGGGGUGGUUUGAUUGCUCGACAGAGCCGAUAACAAUCUAGGAGUGUCAACAGAGGAUACUGGGGCGCUUGCAACUAUCGGAGGAAGAUGAUGUCCAAGCGUCGAUCGCUGGAGGAAGACGAUGUUGAAGGUGGGUUCUGAUGUGCAGCACGUGCUAAACCUGAUUUGAUGCUAGCUUGCACGGUGAUACGUUGGAGGUAGUUUGAUCUCUUAGUAUGUGCACAUGGUACUUACUGGGAGUGGUGUGAUUGCUUCACAGAGCCGAUGACAAUCGAUGAGUGUCAACACAGGAGAUUGUGGCGCUUGCAACUAUUGGAGGAAGAUGAUGUCCAUGUGUCGAUCCCUGGAGGAAGAUGAUGCUGAAGGUUUUAUUGAUUCUAUUCAAGCCAAUUGGCACAAUGGUGCACUACAGUGUGUACGUGGUGAAUAGAUAUCGUGGGAGCAUUGACAUCCUUGAUUCACUUUGUUACGAUAAUAUGGAAACGUCGCGAUCGAGUUUCCACGGGGACUGCAAAAAUAUCAUGAAGAGAUUUGUUGGGUUGCUCGAGGAGGUGUACGGCAAGGCUGCAUACAAGGCGAGCAAGCAGCCUAACUGGGUGACUAUUGCAAAGAGGCCGACUUCCAUCGAUGUUCCGAAGCAGAAGAAUAAUGAUUGUGGUUUCUUUGCCGUGAAGUUCAGCUCUUCGUAUGACGGCGAUGAGAUUGUUGAAGAUUUUGGUGAUGUGGAAGCUGCUGCAGAUGACUGGAAGGCUGAGUUCAUGCACACUCUGGUUUUUAGCGAGAAGAAUGAAGUCAUGCGUUCAGAGCUCCCUAAAGAGAUCGAGUCCUUUGGCCCGUGAAUUCGAAGCAUUAGUUUCAUUGUGGAUUUGAUUUCGUACAGAUUUUUAGGUUUGAUAAUGGUUGGAACAAUUCCGUAAAGAUUUGGUUGUAAGAAUGUUUUUAGUGAUUUGUGUAUCUACUAUAUGUGAAGCACUAUUACUUAUGAUAUUGUGGA